AUGUAUUAUAUUAUCAAACUAAGGCUGAUGGGAGUCAUAUCGUGAAGUAUAUUAUAAACUAAGACUGGUGGGAGUCAUAUCAUGUAGUAUAUUAUCACACUAAGGCUGGUGGGAGUCAUAUCAUGUAGUAUAUUAUCAAACUAAGACUGGUGGGAGUCAUAUCAUGUAUUAUAUUAUCACACUAAGACUGGUGGGAGUCACAUCAUGUAUUAUAUUAUCACACUAAGACUGGUGGAAGUCACAUGGUGGCCAGUGUUGUGUUGAUUUCACAAUGUAUCAUUCACUGUGGUUGACUGAUAAAGAGUUUCACUACCUAAAGUCACACAAACACAGGACAAUGCAGGGAGAAGACACAGCUACAGACGUAUAUUAGAGUUUAGGUUAGAAGUAGAAGUUACUGUUCUUGAUCACAAGUGUGUUAAGAUGUCAGAGGGAGUCUAUGAAAUCCCAGAUAGAUUUGAAGAUGAUGAGCCUGAUGCAAUGAAGAACACAGACAUUGAUGGCCAAUUAUAUUCCAACAUAAAUGCCUUCAAGCCCAGUCGAAGAGAUGGAAUUGUUGCUUCAGAGCCUGAUAGCUCAGGGAACAGAUCCUCCAGAGUUGUUGCAGUGUGUCUGGGGCUGCUGUGUGUUCUACUGGCUGGGAUCAUAGGCCAGUCUGUCUACUAUGAUGGGGUCUCUAAGAGCUUCUUAGCCUAUAAGACCAACUCAUCUGCAGAGAUAGAAGAGCUACAGACCAGCUACAACAACCUGACUAAAGAGAGAGACCAGCUACAGACCAGUUACAACACCCUGACUAAAGCGAGAGACCAGCUACAGACCAGUUACAACACCCUGACUAAAGAGAGAGACCAGCUACAGACCAGUUACAACACCCUGACUAAAGAGAGAGACCAGCUACAGACCAGUUACAACACCAUCACUAAAGAGAGAGACCAGCUACAGACCAGUUACAACACCCUGACUAAAGAGAGAGACCAGCUACAGACCAGUUACAACACCAUCACUAAAGAGAGAGACAAGCUACAGACUGAGAGAGAUUUUCUUAGCGGGAGGCUUACCAAUCUCGGCUGGCAGAAGUUUGAAUCCAGUUGGUACUUCCUGUCUACUGAGUCUAAAACCUGGAAGGAGAGCAGAGAGGACUGUCUGAAGAGAGGAGCAGACCUGGUGAUCAUAAACAGUGAUAAGGAACAGGAGUUUCUCUUCAACCUCAAGAGGAGAGUCUGGAUUGGUCUGACUGACUCUGUUAAUGAGGGGACCUGGAAAUGGGUAGACGACACCCCACUGACCACAAGGUACUGGUAUGCCAAACAGCCUGAUAAUGCAGGUCCUAAUGGGGACGAGGACUGUGCUGAGAUACACAAAGAUCAGAGUCCUCUAAAGGCAUGGAAUGACAUGUCAUGUGGCAGCAAACUCAACUGGGUUUGUGAGAAAGUGUUUUAAAAUCACCAUGACAACAUGCUGUAACACAUACAGUAGACUACAGUGCACAGAACUUCCUCCUCUGUCUCUGUCUCUCUCUCUCUUUGUCUCAAACUCAUGCACACAAAUGUUGUAUUUGUUUGUAUUAAUAUAUUAAUAAAAGUCCUACUUGUUUCCUGA